CAUUUGCACGUCCAACACUGUGAAGAGUUUGUCAAUGUUUUACUCAAACUAAGAAGAAAAUGAGUAAAUCUUAUGACGACAUCGAAUAUCCAUAUUGUGACGAUGUCCUUAAGUACGAAAAACUGGCCAAAAUCGGCCAAGGAACGUUUGGGGAGGUGUUCAAGGCCAGGGACAAGUCCACAAAAAGGCAUGUGGCUCUGAAGAAAGUACUGAUGGAAAAUGAAAAGGAAGGGUUUCCCAUCACAGCUUUGAGGGAGAUCAAAAUCUUACAACUACUGAAGAAUGAAAAUGUUGUUGAUCUCAUCGAAAUAUGCAGAACAAAAACAUCGCCUUACAAUAGGCACAAGAGCACCAUUUACCUGGUAUUUGAGUUCUGCGAGCAUGACCUGGCAGGACUUCUCAGCAACGUCAAUGUGAAAUUCUCUCUGGGUGAGAUUAAAAAAGUGAUGCAGCAGCUGCUGAAUGGACUGUACUUCAUCCACAGUAAUAAAGUGCUUCAUCGCGACAUGAAAGCCGCCAACAUCCUCAUUACCAAAAACGGCGUCCUCAAAUUAGCCGAUUUCGGUUUGGCAAGGGCGUUCAGUACAAGUAAUGCCGGAAAACCAAAUCGCUACACGAAUAGGGUCGUCACCUUGUGGUACCGCCCACCUGAACUGUUACUAGGGGAACGCAACUACGGCCCGCCUAUAGACUUGUGGGGGGCGGGCUGCAUUAUGGCAGAAAUGUGGACUCGCAGUCCCAUAAUGCAGGGCAUCACGGAACAACACCAGCUUCAGUUGAUUAGUCAGCUGUGCGGGUCGAUCACCCCCGAUGUUUGGACGGGACUUGAAAACCUCGAACUUUACAACAAGCUGGAGCUGCCGCCAGGGCUGAAACGCAAAGUCAAAGAGCGUCUGCGUGGUUACGUGAAGGACCAGUACGCCCUUGACCUUCUGGACAAAUUGUUGACACUUGACCCAACGAAGCGCAUCGAUAGUGAUACGGCAUUGAACCAUGACUUUUUCUGGUCAGAUCCGAUGCCGUGUGACUUAUCGAGAAUGUUAUCGCAGCACACGACCUCCAUGUUUGAGUUUCUUGCUCCUCCGCGUCGCAGAGUGCAGGCACAGCAGCACCAGCCAGUCAAAGCUCCCCAGAACACAGAUCAGCAUUUUGAAAGGGUGUUUUGAUUGGUUGACUAUAAAGGUUACAGUAUGGUAGGUGUGAGCCUGAUUUCAUGCUAUAGAUCUUAUACAGAAAAUCUCCACUAAACAAAAAAAACAUUUCACUGUAUUUUACUUGUAUUUCACUGUAUUGUAUAAGUACAUAAUUGCAUUAUAAUGAUACUUUCCAUGCCAAUGUCCCUGAAAAGAAACAAACCAGACUUCACAAAAAUCGUCUGAAAUGGUCCAGUAAGGUGAACAAAUCAGUCAGCAUCAACAAAACUGUGUCAUUUGCAAAUGACAAACUUCAAGUGAAAUUAAGGAAGUUAAAAACCUGCGGAUCACAUCAGUCAGAAUGAGGUGAACUGUUGACAGCUGGUUAUCCUUCACUUAAGAUGACAGCAAUAUGGGCUUGUACUCCUGUUGGACAGCAAAGGCUGAUAUGAGGCUGUUCUGUGAAUAUGAAUGGUUGUCUGUUUAAUUGUGACCUAUCUUUUACAGAUAACUCCACUGAAAUAAUCCAUUUGGAGAUUCAUUCAAGGUAAAGCUUAUUAACCUGGAUCACAAGAAAUUUGGUUUAUUUCAUCCUUCAUUUAAGAAGACAUCAAUAUUUUGCUCCCAGUAACCGUUGGCUGCAUGUAAAUAUGUGUAAAUACCAUGAAUUCAAUCUGGUGCUAUGUCUUCCAUCUACUAUCAUGCUGUUGAAACCGAAAACUGAUACAUAUGUACAUGGGUUUAUGAAGGCAUUUCUGUUUUCAUCAUUCUUGCUGAUAUAUGAUAAGUUGAUUUAUGAUGCCAGUUUCUACUACUUAGUGAUCAACAUUGUUGUAUUUUCGAGUUUUUUAAAAAAAAUUUUUGGAUAUUUUGUCAUUAAGGAUAAUACUAUUUUUACAUAAAAAUAUUCACACAGCC